AUGGAUGAGGGAAAAUUUAUUACAGAAUUCAUAAAUCAGACUUACAACAUUGAAUUCAUUCUUCUGGGAUUUGGAAACCAUCAGAUAUUACAUAUUCCUCUCUAUCUGCUCUUCUUCAUCAUCUAUAUAGGGACCAUGGCUGGAAACCUACUUAUUAUUCUAUUGGUUGUUCUUGAUCAACACCUCCACACUCCCAUGUAUAUCUUCCUUGGAAAUCUGUCAUGUUUGGAGACCUGCUGCAGCACAAAUAUCUUACCACGAAUGUUAUCCAGCUUCCUUACUGGAAGCAACAUGAUUUCACUUAGGGCCUGCUUUGUACAACAUUAUUUCUUUGGUUCUUUGGGAGCUGUGGAGUGUUAUCUGUUAUCUGCCAUGUCCUAUGAUCGUUAUAUAGCUAUAUGCAAACCACUCCAUUAUGUUAUCAUGAUGAAUGAUAGGAUGUGUUUCAGACUGAUAGCCUUCUCUUGGAUGAGUGGCUUUCUGGCAACUUCAGUAACACAGUUUAUCAUGUCCCAAUCAGUUUUUUGUGAUAAUAAAAUAGAUCAUUUCUUUUGUGACACCUUUCCAAUCGUAGACCUGUUUUGUGGUGAUACUCAUGCCUUCAAAAUGUUUCUUUAUGUGUUAUGCUCAAUAUUUACUUUUCCACCAUCUGUAUUAACCCUAACUUCUUAUACUUUUAUUGUUGUAGCCGUAAUGAGAAUGCCUUCUACUCUAGGGAAACAGAAGGCAUUUUCUACUUGUUCUUCUCAUCUCUUGGUAGUGACUAUUUUUUAUGGCAUACUGAUGAGUAUUUAUGUAGUACCAAAUGGCAAUAAACUGAAUGGACUUCGCAAAGUCUUAUCUCUUUUUUAUACUAUCUUGACUCCAAUGCUCAAUCCUAUUAUCUAUACACUGAGAAAUAAAGAGGUGAAAAAUGCUUUGAGGAGGUUGUGUUAUAUUUUUGUUCACAUUUCAAGAAACUAUUUUUUUUUAAAAGCAUAA